CCCAACAUCGUUCUCGAGAAUCCAGCUCCAUCCCAGUUCGACCCAUCCGAGAACAAGUCAACCCAGAUCGUCAAAAUCGAAUCUUGACUCGAGGGAGAAGCGGAAUGACGAAGCGCAGCGAAGCCAAGGCAGCGGCGGUGCACGAGGGCGAGGGAGCGAGGAGCGAGCUGAAGUUCAGAGGGGUGCGGAAGAGGAAGUGGGGCAGGUGGGUCUCCGAGAUCCGCCUGCCCAACAGCCGGGAGAGGAUCUGGCUCGGCUCCUACGACACCCCCGAGAAGGCGGCCCGCGCCUUCGACGCCGCCGCCUUCUGCCUCGGCCGCCCCGCCGCGAAGCUCAACUUCCCCGGCAGCCCCCCGGAGAUCUCCGGCGCGGCGUCCCUCUCCCCCGAUGAGAUCCAGUCGGCCGCGGCGAGCCACGCCAACUUUGGGGCCGUGGCCGUGCCGGCCCGGGCCGAGCUGCCCCGACCAGGAUCGCCGGCCCCGUCGCCUUCGGUGUCGGCCUCGGAGGCGAGCAGCGUGCUGACGACCGAGAGCGACCUGACCCUGGACCUAUCGUUCCUGGAUUUUCUGGAUGAUUCGGGCCCGGUUUCCGGCGAGCCCCAUAUCGGGAAGUUCCCGGGCGUGGAGGAGGCUCCCGACGUUUUCUACCACAUGCAGUUCCCGAGCGUGGAGAGCGCGGGGCUGAAUCUCGAUACUCUAUUGGCUUCAGACAGCUUCCCGUGGCGUAUCUGAAGUGGACUGAAGGAAGAAGCCUGGCCGAUCAUUUCUCUCUUUUUUUUUUCUUUUUUUUUCUAUAAUUCUUUUGAUGGACUAGAUUUUGUGGGGUCGUCAUCCACUUCAGGAUAAUACAGAUGACAAGAACUGACUUUUUAUGGUGUAAAAAGACGUAGCUUUUUUGUUGGUUCGGUUCAGUCCAUUGUAUUUCAGUUGACAGCGGAAAGGUGAACUCAAUUCUGUUGGUCAAGUCUGUAGACCGUGAAGCUAAUCCGAUCUUUUCGGUUGCUGUAACCAUCUCGACACUUGAACAGACAGCAGAUCAAAAUAAUAAGCAUUGAAUCGAGAUCGAUAUUCAA